AUGGAUUCAGGUGGUGGAAGUCUUGGAUUGCACACAUCAGACUGUAGAAUGGCCCAUACCAUGAUUAUGCAGGAUUUUGUGGCUGGAAUGGCUGGUACUGCACAUAUCGAUGGAGACCAUAUUGUUGUUUCAGUUCCUGAGGCUGUAUUAGUUUCUGAUGUUGUCACAGAUGAUGGGAUAACCCUUGAUCAUGGCCUUGCAGCUGAAGUUGUCCAUGGGCCUGAUAUCAUCACUGAGACUGAUGUAGUAACAGAAGGUGUAAUUGUUCCUGAAGCUGUACUUGAAGCUGAUGUUGCUAUUGAAGAAGAUUUAGAGGAAGAUGAUAGUGAUCAUAUCUUGACUUCUGAGCUAAUUACAGAAACUGUUAGAGUACCUGAGCAGGUUUUUGUGGCUGAUCUUGUUACUGGUCCUGAUGGACACUUAGAACAUGUGGUCCAAGAUUGUGUUUCAGGAGUUGACUCUCCCACAAUGGUAUCAGAGGAGGUUCUUGUAACUAAUUCAGAUACAGAAACUGUGAUUCAAGCAGCUGGUGGUGUUCCUGGUUCUUCAGUUACUAUUAAAACCGAAGAUGAUGAUGAUGAUGAUGAUGAUGAUGAUGAUGAUGAUGUCAAGAGCACUUCUGAAGACUACUUAAUGAUAUCUUUGGAUGAUGUUGGGGAAAAAUUAGAGCAUAUGGGGAGCACACCAUUAAAAAUUGGCAGUGAUGGUUCCCAGGAAGAUGUUAAAGAAGACGCAUUUGGUUCAGAAGUAAUAAAAGUGUAUAUAUUUAAAGCUGAGGCUGAAGAUGAUGUUGAAAUAGGUGGAACAGAAAUUGUCACAGAGAGUGAGUACACCAAUGGACAUUCUGUAGCUGGAGUGCUUGACCAGAGCCGAAUGCAGCGGGAGAAGAUGGUUUACAUGGCAGUUAAAGAUUCUUCUCAAGAAGAAGAUGAUAUUAGAGAUGAAAGAAGAGUUUCCCGGAGGUAUGAAGAUUGUCAAGCAUCAGGAAAUACCUUGGACUCAACAUUAGAAAGCAGAAGUAGUACAGCGGCACAGUACCUUCAAAUUUGUGAUAGCAUUAAUACAAAUAAAGUACUUAAACAAAAAGCCAAGAAGAGGAGAAGGGGGGAAACCAGGCAGUGGCAAACAGCUGUUAUAAUAGGCCCUGAUGGACAGCCCCUGACAGUAUACCCUUGCCAUAUUUGCACAAAAAAGUUUAAAUCCAGGGGAUUCUUGAAAAGACACAUGAAGAAUCAUCCUGAUCAUUUGAUGAGAAAAAAAUACCAGUGUACAGAUUGUGACUUUACAACUAACAAGAAAGUGAGUUUCCAUAACCACUUGGAAAGCCAUAAGCUUAUAAACAAAGUUGACAAAACCCAUGAAUUUACAGAAUACACACGAAGAUACAGAGAGGCUAGUCCACUGAGUUCAAAUAAACUUAUAUUAAGAGACAAGGAGCCGAAAAUGCACAAGUGCAAAUACUGUGACUAUGAAACUGCAGAACAAGGACUGUUAAACAGACAUUUACUGGCUGUUCACAGCAAGAAUUUUCCUCAUGUUUGUGUUGAGUGUGGGAAGGGCUUUCGACAUCCUUCUGAACUCAAGAAACAUAUGAGAACCCAUACUGGUGAGAAGCCAUAUCAGUGUCAGUAUUGUGUCUUUAGGUGUGCAGAUCAGUCAAAUCUGAAAACUCACAUUAAGUCUAAGCAUGGUAACAAUUUACCAUAUAAAUGUGAGCAUUGUCCUCAAGCAUUUGGUGAUGAGAGGGAGCUUCAACGCCAUCUGGAUUUGUUUCAAGGACAUAAGACACACCAGUGUCCUCAUUGUGACCAUAAGAGCACCAACUCAAGUGACCUUAAGCGGCACAUCAUAUCUGUCCAUACUAAGGAUUUUCCUCACAAAUGUGAGGUCUGUGAAAAAGGUUUCCAUCGUCCUUCUGAGCUCAAAAAGCAUAGUGAUAUCCAUAAGGGUAGAAAGAUUCAUCAGUGUAGGCACUGUGACUUUAAAACAUCAGAUCCAUUUAUUCUUAGUGGUCAUAUCCUUUCAGUUCAUACUAAGGAUCAGUCACUGAAGUGUAAAAGGUGCAAGAGAGGGUUCAGACAACAAAAUGAGCUCAAAAAACAUAUGAAGACCCACACUGGAAGGAAGAUUUACCAAUGCGAGUAUUGUGAAUACAGCACUACAGAUGCAUCUGGCUUUAAACGACAUGUGAUAUCAAUACAUACAAAAGACUACCCACACAGGUGUGAAUUUUGCAAGAAGGGAUUCCGAAGACCAUCAGAAAAAAAUCAGCAUAUUAUGAGGCACCACAAGGAGGCUCUUAUGUAAUAAGAUCAACAUAAAGAAGCUAUUUUGAAAAUAUGAUAUGCUACAUGGGAGGAAAAUUUCAUGAACUGUUUCAUCUAGUUCCAAAGCUUGAUAGUAAAUCAUAACUUUACAUUAUUUGUAUUAGAGAUCUUGAAAUAUUUGAAUUGACAAAGGAUCUCAUAGCCCUUUGAAAAUUACUUAAAGAAUUUAAGAAGCACCAUAGGAUGGUUGCAGAAAAACUCUUAAGUGUCUAUUUAAUAGUAUUAUAUGUAUAAUUAAACUACAGAAGGGUAAAGCAAAGACAAUGACUUUAUUUGGCUGAUCAUACUGGAGAUAAAUGUUUCUGAAAAGCUCAUAUUUAAUUGAAUUUAGCAAUGCUUUGCUGUGGCAAGCAAGUCUCACUUUUACGUGAUUUUCGAAAUGAGAUGGGGCAAUAAAAUGCAGUCAUCCAUCAGUCACUUAGUCAUUGAGCCUUUUUCAUGGUACCUGAAAAUUGGAAUUCCAGAAAUGGCAAAAGUUUUGUGUAUUCGUUAAAAGAAAUUUCACUGGAAAACAGCUUAUAUUAAUUCAACACUUUCAAAAAGAAUUUCAGAGCUGCUAAGAUUUUAUCACAGGAUAGGAUGUUUAAAAUACAGCAUUAUUUGCUGAAGUCUAAAGUGAAGUCUAAGAUUAAAGUUCCCUUUUUUUCUGAUGUUCAAGAUGAUUUUUCAGUAUGGCAUAUAUGACAAAAGUAUAUUUGAGUCAAAUGUGGCUUUCUAAAACAGAUGCAGCAGUAAUGUUGCAAAUAAAGUUAGCACUAUAUUUCUUAAUGAUCUAAAGAUUAAAUUGAGAGAACACAGUUUUCUUAAAAACAAAGUUUAGAAGUUUCUUUUUAGGGCAGUCUCAGCAAGUAGGAUUAUUUUAAUCUUACUUGCUCUAAUGUUUAAAGGUGCAAUUUUAUGCCAUUAUUGAAAAUUUUGAUUUUUAAAAUCUAUAUACCAUAUUAUUAACAUGCAUUUUCAACGUGAGGCAGCAUAUAUGCAGUAUUUAACAAAACACUGUGUUGCCAAGAGUUUGGAGGUGGAUAUUCAGUUUACAGUGUAUAAAUUUAAAAUAUGCAUCCUUUUAACAACGCUUUGUGUUAGCAUGCUGCAAAUCAAAAUGGCGCUUAAUAUAAAAAGCUGAUUUAGGGAAAUUUAAUGAAAAUCCUGUUCAUAAAUGUAAUGCAUAUGAUGUGUACUUUUAAGUUAUAGUUGUUUCAUGUUUACACUCAGCUGUUCAACAUAAUUAAAAUGUAAUUUUACUUUAUGCUAUAUUGUGGCUUUGUGUUUGAAAUAAUGUUCACCUUUCUGUUUUUGCACCAGAUAAGAAUCUGUUCCUUGAGAAUAAAUUUUUUAUCUUUCUUAACUUCAGAAUAUUAAAUUUGGAAAAUUUAAAAUAGUGUGUUAUGUGGCUGUAAAUGAUGUACACGCUGUAAAAUAAGAUUGUCAUUGUUAUGUGGGAUUAUUAUUUCUAAAUGUUACUCAUUGAAAUGAGCAUACAAUAAAAAGCAUUUAUUGCAUUUCAAGGUUUUAUGAAUUUAUUUUAAGUUUGUUGUAAUGUUCACUCUUUAUUAAAAGACUUUUUACUUAAAAUUGCUCUUAGGUAAUUUGGUCCACAAUUUAAUGUCUUGUAGAUUUUCUGCAUUAAUAACAUGAGCUAGGAACUUAAAACAAUUAUGAUGACUAUGGCAUGAUUAUUCCUCAAAAAUGUAUAUUUCUGAUAAAACCAUGAUGAAAUACUAUAAAGGUGCUCAU